AUGGCUGCUGACAAUCCACCAUUCGUUGCUAGACAUAGUUUAACUUCAAGUCAAUAUCAAGAUCUGUUUAGUAGUCUUACUCAACAAUACUAUCGACUUCUUUACAUCAGUGGUUAUACUGUCAGCAAUGAAGAACGUUUUGCGGCCUAUUUUGAAAAAUCAAGUGGACCAUCACAAAUUUGUCGUCAUGGAAUGAACAGUAGCCAGUAUCAACAGGCAUUUGAUGAUGCAACUACAAAAAAAUACAAUCUAGUUCUUGUUAAUGGAUAUACGGACUCCAACGGCGACGAUAAAUAUGUGGCUAUCUGGGAGAAACCAGCUGGCAGUGCACCUUCUUUGGUAGCUCGACAUGGAAUGACUACUGAACAAUAUCAAAAAGAAUUCAAUGACUGGACUGGAAAAGGAUUCAGACUAACACACGUUAGUGGAUAUGCUUACAAAAAUUCAGCACGUUAUGCUGCCAUUUUUGAAAAAGUUACUAAUAGUCCUACCUGGUCUGCACGACAUGGACUUACUGCUAACCAGUAUCAAGCUGAAUUUAAUGCUCAAACGAAAGCAGGUUUCGUUCUUGUUCUAGUUUCUGGCUACUUCGUCAAUGGUAUCGACUAUUAUGCUGCUAUUUUCGAGAAAAAAGCAAGUUAUCUAUGGGUAGCUCGUCAUGCGAUGAGUAGUAAAACAUAUCAAGGAGAGUUUACAAAUAAUCACUAUCAAGGUUAUCGUCUCAAAGUUAUCUGUGGUUAUGCGAAAGGUAACACUGAUCUCUAUGCUGCCAUUUGGGAAAAUCCUAACAUGAAAGGAAAAGAUCUCUCGUUCAUUGACAGCCAGAUUCAAGAUUAUAUGAGCAAGAAUUCAACUCCAGGUUUAUCUAUUGCAAUUACCUACCAAGAGCGUCUUGUUUUUGCGAAGGGUUUUGGAUAUGCUGAUAAGGCAACUAGUGAGGAAGUUCAUCCUAAUCAUCUGUUUCGAAUUGCUAGUGUAUCUAAAUCUAUGACUGCUAUUGCCAUUAUGAAACUUAUCGAACAAGGAAAAUUUUCACUUAAUUCGAAGGUAUUUGGUUCAUCUGGCCUUCUUGAAACAAUAUAUGGAAGUAAACCUUAUGGUCAACGCGUUUUAAAUAUCACAGUUAAACAUCUUCUUGAACAUACCAGUGGAUUUUCAAAUGAUGGUGGUGAUCCAAUGUUUAUGAAUACUGAUCUCAGUCAGAAAGACUUGAUCAGUUGGGUUCUCGAUAAUCGAACUCCAAAGAAUGUACCUGGAACUACAUACGAAUAUCUUAAUUUUGGAUAUACUCUGCUUGGACGAAUUAUCGAAAAGAGCUCCGGACAAACUUAUGAACUCUUUCUUCGCAAUCAAAUUUUUAAUAAUGUUUCACAAACUAGUAAGAUGUUAAUUGGAGGAGACUCCAUCGCUGAUAAAAAACCGAACGAAGUGACAUAUUAUCCAAGUAGUGCGUACAAUCUUCUUCUUCGACGUAUGGACGCUCAUGGUGGAUGGAUUGCACGACCCAUGGAUCUUGUAUGUAUUUUGACUAGAACGGACCAAUCUAAUAUUAAACCAGACAUUUUAAACAGUAACACAAUCACUACAAUGUGGACAGGUUCUUCGGCAAAUUCUGGAUAUGGUAAAGGAUGGAUUUUGGAUAGUACAUACAGAGGACAUAAUGGUGCCAUGUCAGGAACAAUUGCGUUCUUGGUAAGAAGAAAUAAUGGCAUAUCGUAUGCAUUUACAGUAAACAUUAGACCCACCGAUGAUAGCUUUGCAUUUAAAUGUAAAGCGGUACUGGAUGCGAUCGUUGAUGCUGUGGAUACAUGGCCUUCAUAUGAUCUUUUUGAAAAAUAA